AACACUUUGUCUCUGCGGAGGGGGUGUUGACAGGAGGAAGAGGGGGAGGUGGAUGUAGACUGAAUUGGACUGGCCCGGUUCACUUGCACCCAGAUCCUGCAGCAAUAAGAGGAGCGGAGGCCUGAGGAGAGGACCGGAGGGCAAAGGGGGGGGAGAGGUGGGAGCCGAUCGGGGGGUCGCACACACAGAGAGAAGCUCCUUUUUGGACUGGGAUGCAGCGGGACACCGGGCUGGGAGGGGGCCCGCAUGAUCUCUCACAAUCCGCAGGCUCUAACGAUGGUGGUGAUGCCCCCAGAGCAGACAGGCGGAUUCCUGCAGACCCCCCCACACUGCACCACCACCCUGAGCUGCUGCAGGGAUAGACGCUCCUGUUUGUGCACAUCCAGGUUUCACCGACGCACAAGAACCCAAUUUUUUACACCGAUGCGCCAAACAACCGAGCGGGUGACAGUGUACCUUCGAGCUCCAUUCAUACUCCACCCAGGGAUGAAACGGGGAUUUGCAACCGACCGACAGAGCCUGCGUCGUCCGGUUUCGACGCGCAUGCACCGGUUGUUUUGAGCCGUGCAACAGAGAAAGAUUCAAGAAAAGAAACAGAAACAACAACAAACAAACAAACAUGUUGGUACGAUGCUACCGGGGGAAGCUGUCGGUGUGGGCCGCUUUGUGCGUGCUGGUGCUCUGCUGGUUCUAUAUUUUCCCCGGCUACAGACUCCCACGCGAUAAAGAAAUAGUGGAAGAGGUACUGAGGCACGGAGAGGCAUGGCAGAAGAACCAGAGCGGCAUUGAUUUGUACAGGAAGUUGCUGACAGAAUGCUGUGAUCCGCGGAGGAUGUUUGCCGUGACCAAGGAAAACUCCCCAAUUGGCAAAGUCCUCUGGUAUGAUGGGGAGUUCUACCACUCACACACUGUCAACAAUGAGACAUAUCCUCUCUUUGUGCAGGACAACCCUUUACAGUUGCCCUUGAAGAAGUGUGCUGUGGUGGGCAACGGCGGCAUCCUACGGCACAGUAAAUGUGGUCGGGACAUUGAUCAGGCUGACUUCAUUAUGAGAUGUAACCUUCCACCACUUUCAAAGGAAUAUGUGGAGGAUGUGGGAACCAGAUCACAUCUAGUUACAGCCAACCCCAGCAUCAUCGAGAAAAGAUUUCAGAACCUUCUGUGGUCAAGAAAAGCUUUUGUGGACAGUAUGAAGGUCUACGGCUCCAGCUACAUCUACAUGCCUGCAUUUUCUAUGAAGCCUGGCACUGACCCAUCACUGCGGGCAUAUUAUGCCCUGGCAGACACCUCCUCCAACCUCACAAUGCUUUUUGCCAAUCCUGAAUUCCUGCGCACGGUAGGAAAAUUUUGGAAGGCCCGCGGUGUGCAUGCGAGGCGCCUCUCCACAGGGCUCUUCCUGGUCAGCCUGGCCUUGGGGCUGUGUGAGGAAGUGACAGCCUACGGCUUCUGGCCGUUUUCCGUCGGCCUGGAUGAGCAACCGGUCAGUCAUCAUUACUACGACAACAUCCUGCCCUAUAAAUGGUUCCACGCCAUGCCUGAGGAAUUUGUCCAGCUUUGGCACCUGCAUAAAAGUGGCACACUGCGCAUGAGGGUGGGACACUGCCCCGGUCAAGAAGGGGGGAGGUAAACAGGGUAGAGAUGAGUGAUAGUGGUCAGUUGAACUUAACGUUACAGGACGCAGAUGAAGACAUGUGGUUUGUGAUGCAGCAGGAAGUUGACGUCAUGACACACAUUGGUGGAAGUUUAUUUCCUCGGAAAGACCCAGCACUGUAUCUGUGUGCACAUAGUCCUGCGGUCCUUGCCCCCAUCUAAUCCUUAAUUAUCAUGAGAAUGUCCACCCAGACCAGCAACAUUAGGGACACAACACACUCUGACACAUGCAGGCAUACAGACAAUGUAAGAUAUUCAUACAUUCCCAAAACCCACCAUAUCUCUUACCCAGAAAAGUCAUGUGUGUGCACGAAUGUGUAUUUUUUGGGGGAGUUCUCUUGGUUAUGAAAAGUCUCAGCUAGAAGUAAUAAAAGUGAGAGUGUCUGGGCUUGGAUGGCUGGCGGGUGGUUUUUCUCUGCGGAGUACUGUAUCUGACUGACAUAUGGGGCAGCUGGACCAAACCCCCCUCUGGGUCUUUGUCAAACAGAGACAGAAGGAAUGGAGAACCAGAGGGAAUAAUAAAACACAUUGAAAGACUGGCGAAACACAAGGAACAAGGGAGAGAUAAUGGUGUUCUGGUACAUAGCAUGAAUAGGACUGAAAGUGAAUGAAAGGAAAGAAGUGGCAGGGGGUGAGAGGGUGGGGGUUGGCUGGUAACAGUAUGAAGGAUUAUCUUCUGCUUUUCUUCAACCGAGCGCUUGAUUGGCAUUCUCUGUGCCAAAUAAAGCUAUAGUUCAAAGCAGGAGCCAUUAGAAACGGAGUCUUAAGAAUUAUAUCCUGUAGAAUGUUUAGCCAAGUUGCAUCUUAGCCCUUCACUGAAAAGGGAAACUAAAUACACCCUGGUGUCUGUGUAUUGCUUUUUUGCCAAAUGUAAUUUUUUUGGAAUUAAUGCGAAAUGUUUUUUUUUUUGUUGUUGUUUCAUCAGUGGCCAUGAAGAGAAGGUAGUAGCAUACAUAAUCAGAAAUAAAUAGUUGCUGCAAAAAACACACACAUAGGUACCUCACCUUUAAACAGACGCAAGUCACAAGCAGGCUCCUUAAAAAAAACAACCCACUAACAGCCUAUUGCAGUUCUUAAGAGGGGCUGCUGGAAGUCAUCUCUUGGUAACUGUACUAUACUUGCCAAGUGCCAAGCCAAGGGGAACAGUGGUCUCUUUGAUUCACAGUCUUUGCACUGUCCUUGUGCUCUGAAAUGGCUGAUAUAAAGAGAAGUAAAACAAAGACUGAUUACUCAAUGUCACAAAGUGGCAUUUUAAAGGGUGACCGUGAAUACUUUGCUUUCUUGACAUUGUGAACACCUUAUGAGGUAAGUUGUGAUUAUUUAUGCCAUUAUUAUUGUUAUCAUUUUGCAUUGAGGUACAGAUAGAAUUGAGUGUAUGUCCUGUGUUCUUUUUAUAAUCGUGAUUGCUUUUGUUUUUUGUGCACAAGGGGAAAAAAAACCAACAUGCUAGUGUACUUUAAAAGCCAAGAUGACCGACAGAUUUAAGCAUGUAGUUUCGUACUUUCAGGCCUUGCGGAUGGAAAACAAUGUACUUGUUUUUUAUGUGACCGUGCCAUAUUGUUAAUACCGCAACAAAGGAUGACUCUGCAUGGAGAAGUGCAUGGAGUGUACCAUAACCUGUCAGUCUUUCAAAGUACAGAACACACUAGCUAUAGGUUAGUGAUGUUCUGUUACGACAAAUAAGGUCUAGUGCCUUGAAGAUGUACUAAGGCAAAAAGAAUCAUCGAAACGAGGGAUAUUUCUAUUGCUGAUCAUCCUCAUGUCUGUGUUGAUUUUCUUGGCUUUACUUGGCAAUCUGUCAGACAAUAUGUGAAAUAUGAACGAGCCAGAAUUUACUAAAUUGAACUUAAUGUAAGAUAGACAUUGUCGGACCAAGUUAAUGAAGUGAAACUGAAACGAAACCUAAUGUCUCCCCAAAUAAUCUGCUGUCUAAAUGCACAUGUGACUCUGGGAGACUGGGAAUUGAACUUGAUGAAGACGUGUUUUAAUUAUUGUGAUGUUUCUUAUUUGCACCUUUAUUUUGUUUUCUCCUGCCCAGUAUUGUGAAUGAAUGAGAUAUGACUGUGGAUUUAAGUAAGCAUGAGAUUUUUAAUGUGUACAUAUGUGCUUUUGGUACAUGAUGAAUAUAAACCUCCGCAGAUUUCCAUUAUGUCCUGAUUCAUGCCUUCAUUCCAUCCUGGUAAAUAUCGGUCUGCUAUCACCAAUUAGUUUUAGAUCUUCAGAGUUAUUCUGUUAAAAUAUACUCUGACAAGCCAAUCAUGGAUUUCGCUGAGCUCAACAGGUCCAAAUAAACUGCAGUUGUAACAAAAAAAGAAAAAAAAGAAAAAAAUGGAUCUUGAAUCAUCA